UCUUAAGGUCAAUAGUAACAUAUGGCGGGAUCGUACUGGUCUUCUUAAUCGUUUGUUGUACAUGUUAGACAUACAUCAAGUUCUUGAAUACUACCUGACGGAUUUUUUUGUAUCGACACGUUAUUGUAAUGCCACAACACCGGAAACAAGUGAACGACAAUUGUAACGUUUUGAACCAGCCACUUCCCCGUGUAAUUCACAGACCAAUCCCAAUUACUGCGUCAUCUGUCGUACUUUCACCUUUCGAACUAGUCACUCCUAGAAUGCCUGUACGAACUGUGGCCGAUCCACCGGAAGUGGUCCCGUCUGGUCACUGGUUUCACGGAAAUAUUAGUCGGGAGGACACUGAAAGACUUCUGAAACAUCAUUCACAAAAUGGGACUUUCCUUAUAAGAUUCAGCAUAUCGACUCACAAGUAUGUUCUGAGCGUCAUUUACAAUCAGCAGCUGUACCACUAUCCGAUAGAAGAAUUGUCAGAUGGAUUUUAUCAGGUCAAUGGGACAAAUGCUAAAUAUUUGGGUAUUGACUUACUUGUAUCAGAGUUCAGGCGUGCAAAUAACUGCAUAGUUUGCUCAUUAGGGAAGCCUGCUCCAGGUCUCCGGCCGCCUCCACAUAUUACUGUUUAUGGAGUAACCAAUGACUUGCAUCAUGCUGUAAGGAAAGCAAAUCUUAAGUACGUAAACUACUGGAAUAACUCAUGGUCGGUGAGAUGUGCAUAAACCGAUCGACAUUUAUUUGCCUAUGGAGUUAUAUAUAUAUAAUUGAGGGUCGAGGUAAAAGCCACUGGACAUCAAAUUAAAUGGGAAUUUUGACCAUGUUACAACCUGUCUUUUCUUACUUUCUGUGAUCACUCAUUAUUACUAUCGUGAGGUAAGAGGAGCAACACAAAUUUCCGUGCUAGUCCUUACUUUUUAUAUUUAAGUUGUUUUCAUAAAAGGCUUAUGCCGCAAUCAGUAACUUAGUUGUCUUGUCACAAAUCUCAUUUAAAACAGUUCUCCUAAUUAAGAUUACUGUGACUAUGUGUGAAGCUUUUUUGUCUACGUUUGUGUUUGCAAGGGUGUUCGUGACCUCUUUACACGUGUCAACUCAAUGGAAGUAACAAGUUUAUCGGAUUAUGUGAACGAAAAAUCAGCUGACAGUGGUGCUACUCCAUUAAUCGAAGCUGCUAAAACAGGCUCCAAUGAUAUUGUCCGGCUUUUAUUAGAGCACAAUGCGUCUGUAAAUUUAAGAGAUUGCGGUGGAUUCACAGCACUUCAUCGGGCAUGUCAAAAAAGUUUUGCACAUGUUGCUGAAACCCUUCUAAGAGUCGGCCGUGCUAAUCCUCAGAUCAAAUGCCCAUUUUCUGGAAAUACUGCACUUCAUGAAGCUGCUAUGUUAGGUCAUGCCGAUUGUGUAAACUGUCUCCUACGUUACCAUGCUGCUCCAUGGGCAAGAAAUGCUGAAGCUGAGAUGCCUUUUGAAUUAGCUCUGCGCUAUGGAUUUGCUGACUUAGCUGCUGCUCUGGCCGGUUACAAACCUGCUCCAGCAAUUACAAUGCAGAACGAUUGGUAUCAUCCUUCAUUAUCGAAAUCGGAAACCGAUAAAAUAUUUUCCAAUUGUUCCACAAUUAAAGAUGGUGCAUUUCUAAUUCGACGAUCAUCACAAUCAGAAAGAAAAUUUGUACUUGUUCUAUAUUAUCAACAUCAGACAUUAAAAUAUCAAAUAGAAGUAGUUGAUUUUUCAUUUCAUAUGGAUACAAAAGAAGCUUAUUUCAUUGAUAAGGGUCCACUUCAUUUAUCCUUAGAACACUUAGUAGAACAUUAUAGUCGUUUCGCAGAUGGAAUACCUGUACGUUUACACUAUGCUAUAUCUCCAUCUGGUAGAAUUACUAAUAUUGAACAAUUGGUACCUCACAAUGUAGAUAAUCAUGGUCAAGAAUUAAGGAAAAUUGAAUCUUCUGCCGUUGGUGGUGAUGCAUGGGCUUUAAGAACUAUCUCAUCCAGUUUACAUGGUGGUCGUAUGGGUGCACCUUUGUCAAUGUCAAUUGCUAAGGGUGCUUCACGUCAUGGACAAAAAUCAAAUCAGGGGAAACAUCAUAGUUCAUCGAGUUCCGGCGUCUCUGGUAUGUCCAGUGGUGGUGGUCUCCUUCCAGUUGCAGCUGGUCUACAAUUAACUGCAUCUGGGACGUCUUGCAUCGGAUCAACAACUGGUUCUGGUGAACUUCGUUUAAUUCCUAGCGAUGCUGUCAUUCUAUUGUAUAGACUAGGUGAAGGUGAAUUCGGUGAAGUUUAUCGAGGCAGACUACACUUGGAUAAUGGUAUAGUUCAAGAAGUGGCUGUGAAAGUUCUUGUCCAACCAUCACAAAGAUUGGAUUUUUUGAAAGAGGCUACAAUCAUGAUGCAAUUAUCUCAUCCACAUAUUGUAACGAUCUAUGGUGUAUGUGAGAAUAAACGCUUAAUGAUGAUAUUAGAAUUAGCUGAACUUGGCAGUUUAUUAGAUUAUCUAUUAGAUUAUCCGGAAAAAUGUCAAUUACCUGAAUUGUACAAUUGGAGUAUGCAAAUUGCAAGUGGUAUGAGCUUUCUAGAAUCAGCUAGAUUUGUUCAUCGAGAUUUGGCUUGUCGUAAUGUCCUAUUAUCAAAUCAUUCUUGUGCAAAAAUUUCUGAUUUUGGUCUGUCGCGUGCAGUUGGCGUUGAAUCCGAUUACUACAAAGCUACACAACGUGGUAAAUGGCCAGUGAAAUGGUAUGCACCAGAAUCAAUUUAUUACAAAACAUUCAGUCAUGCUAGUGAUGUCUGGUCGUUUGGUAUAUGCUUAUGGGAAAUGUUCUCAUUAGGUGAACAUCCAUAUGCAGAUCAAGAUAGCUUUGAAGUUUUACGUCAAAUUGAGGAAGGUGUACGUCUGCCUAAGCCCCAUUUAGCUAAUGAUGAUGUUUUUGCUAUUAUGCAUGAUUGUUGGGCGUAUAAUCCAGAUGCACGACCAACAUUUGCUCAACUUCUCGCUGUAUUUCAACAUCUUGCUACUAAUGUUUACGAAAAUGUUGAGCCACCGGAAGUGGUGGUCCCAGGCAAUGCAAAUCCAUCAUGUAAAGUUGUGAAAAAUGGUAUAGCAUGUCAUAAUAAUACUAAGAAUAACAAUAUCUCUACAUCCACUACUGCUCCUCAUCCUUCUAUUGUCACUACUACCAUGGCAACUGGUACUACUAACCACAAUGAUAAUCAACACAUUAGUGGCAAUGAUCGACGUCAAACAAACUGUACUAAUGUACGUAUUCCAAAUCUUGUUCAAACUAACGGUUCAUCAUAAUAGAACAAAUAUAAGAGAAGGUGGCAGGAUAGAAUGAUUAGUAAAACAAAUAGAAUGAAAACAUUUUUUAAAAAAACUUCUCUAGUCUAAUAUGCUUUCUCUUUUUACUUUUUGGAUAAGUUUUCCAUUUUAUUUUUGCUUUUAUCAAGUGAAUAGUUUUGUGUAAGUGUGUGUGUGUGUGUGCGUAUGUGUAUGAAGCAAUCUCUAUCGUUCCAUUUCUAUUCUAUUCAUGUAUGCAUUUUUAUUUGAUUCAUCAACCAAUAAUCAUAAUAAUAUCUACCUCUUUUGAUGAUGACAAGUAUUCAACAACUUUUAUCGGUUGUAUCUCCAAGACAUUAUACUGUACCGUUGAUGAUGAUUUUGAUUGAAAUCACUAUUUAAAAAGAAAAAAAAAGAAGAAGAACAAUCAGUAAUAAUGAUAAUUUCUCUCUUUAUAUUUUAAUUUCUUUUUUAAGUUUAGCAUUUAAUUCAAUUCAUUAUUUUGCUUUUCUUUUUUUGUGUGUGAUAUUCUCUUGUUUCUUCUCUUCUCUUUUUUCCUGUCUCUAUAACGGUAUUUGUUGUCAUUUUGAAAUCAUGUUAUCGUAUUAUAUCGAUUUCUAAAUUAUUAUUAUUAUUAUUAUU